AUGGUCACUAAAUUAUUUACUCAGAACUUGAGCAAGUUCAACAUUUGUUUGGAUGAUGAUGCUGCAGAAUAUAUUAGUGGUAUGCUAGAAAGUAUGUCCAUGGACGAAGCAGACGAAAUCAGAGCGUCCACAGAGAGCUUUCUUAUUGACGCCAAUACUGAUGAGGAUACGAGGAGAGCCUUUUAUUCUAAUUUGUUUGAGAAUAAUAUAUCAACACCCAAAGAGAUCAAAAAUCAAAAGAAGUUGCCAAAACCACUCCAAGGAACAGAAAAAACAAAGGAGGCAUGUGAUUUACCAUCAACACUCAACAGUACAGCUACCAAGCCACCAAAGAGCGCGACGAGACGAACAGGAAGACGUGAAAAAUUAAAGGAUCAGGAUACCGAUGAUAAGGAGCCUGAAAUUGUUGCGAUUAGUCAGCAAAGUCGUUUUCAUACAGAGACAAUUGAAAACUUAAACAAAGAAUUGGACCUCAAAGGCGUGAAUAUAUCGAUCAAUCAAAAAGACCUCCUGGUAGACGCCCACUUGAAGUUGAAACCUUUCACUCGGUAUGGUUUAGUGGGUCAAAAUGGCGUCGGAAAAUCAAUGUUGUUGAAGUGCUUGGCAGAGAACAUCUUGAUUGGUGUGCCCCAAAACUUAAAUAUUCUGCACAUUUCGCAACUUGACGAGUUUGAUGAAUCAAGAAUGGUACUGCAAGAGAUUUUGGAAGCUGACAAGAAGGCAUCGGCGACAAUAAGAGAGUUUGAAGCUCUUCAGUCUGUUAUGGGAAACGAAAAGAAUUUCAAGGCAUCCAAUGAUCUUAACCAGAUAGUGUACUCUAUCAUGCAGUCUCGUCUACGCGAAAAGUUAGAUCAAGCUUCUAAGAUUGCCAUCAAGCGCUCGGGUCUACGUGGUCGUGAAGCAAGAAAAGUGCUGAUUGAAUGCGAAAAGGAACUCGAAGAAUUUAACAAGAAGAACCCACAAACCUACGUUACCUCUGGUAUGGUGACGGAAAUUAUCAAUGAAGUCUACGAGAAGAUAGAGCUGAUUGAUCAAGAUGAGCGAAAACACCGAGCUGUAAAGCUACUGAAAGGUCUUGGAUUCAGUGAAGAACGGAUCAAUGCGCCAAUCUCUCGCCUAUCUGGUGGCUGGCGCAUGAGAGUUGCUUUAGCAAAAUCGCUUUUCCUAAAACCGGAUAUCCUUCUUUUGGAUGAACCUACAAACCACCUAGACCUGCCCGCCAUCCUAUGGCUGCAGGAGUAUGUCAUGAAUGAAACGGAUGAUAUGACUGUGGUUGUUGUUUCCCAUGAUCGUGAAUUCUUGAAUAAUGUUACAGAAGAAACUAUCAUUCUUAGAGAUAAAACACUCAAGUAUCACGCUGGUAACUUUGAAGACUGGGAAAGAAACACAGAAGAACAAAGAAUACGAAAACAAGCUCUGUAUGAUAGCACAGAAAAAAAGAGAACAGCUAUCCAAGCAAGUAUCCAACAUAACAUGCGACAAGCUAAAGCUACGGGCGAUGAUAAGCGACAUGGUAUGAUUCAAUCACGAAAAAAGAAGCUGGAAAGAUUAGGCAUGGAAAAAACUGAAGAUGGUAGACGCUUCAAGCUCAACCGAGACCGUGGAGGCUAUCACAGCAGCCUCCGAGAAGAAGUCGUUGUUGAGAAAGCGGUAAAGACAGCGGCUAUCAAAAUACCACCUCCUACUGAACUGCGUUACCAUGGUCCAAUGCUUACUAUGAAAGAAGCUGCUUUCCGUUAUGAAGGAAGUACAACCUAUGCUAUCAAAAAGUUCUCCAUCAGCAUUGAGCCAAAUGCAAGAAUUGCUUUUAUUGGACCUAAUGGAUGCGGUAAGACGACUCUUUUGAACAUGCUAGUAGGUAAAGUACAGCCUACAUCAGGAGAAGUCUACAAGCAUCCUCUUCUUCGUAUCGGUUACUUUUCACAACAUGUAGUAGACCAGCUCGACCUGGAUGUCUCACCGGUUGAAUACAUGAUGUCUCAGUAUCGCUCACUUUCAGAACAGGAAUGCCGUUCUCAUUUUGGCACAAGUGGUCUCAGUGGAAAUGUUGUUCUUCAAAAGAUUCGUUCUUUGAGUGGCGGUCAGCGAAGUAGAGUCGCACUCGCUCUGAUUCUGUAUGAGCAACCUCACGUGCUUGUGCUUGAUGAAAUCACAAAUCAUUUGGACAUGGGCACUGUGGACAUGCUCUUGGAUGCUUUGCGAAAAUACACAGGCGCAAUAGUGUUGGUUAGUCACGACAUUUGGUUUCUGAAGCAGAUGUUCGAGCAAGAACUGGAUAGCGAUAGUGAUAGCGGCAAGGAAUUUGAUGACGAAGACGAGGCUGCAGUCCAGAAAGAGAUUUAUACGAUAAAGAAUGGUAACGUUAAACGAUGGGAUGAAGGUAUUGAUGCAUAUGUCGCUUCAGUUUUGAAAACAGUAAGAAAGAUAAGCUGA